AUGCAUAAAAUGGAUUUGCUACCUACUACUCUGCAGAAUAAAUAUCCGGAGUGGAUGCUUAUACAGAACCAGGAGGGAGUUUUGAGUGAUAAAAAGAAGCCUGCUGUUCAGAGGAGUGUUUUGGAAGAUGGGCUGCCCUUCCUAGAAUUCUGUGGCUCCGUCGUUUACAGCUAUGAAGCCAAUGACUGUUCCCUUCUCUCAGAAGAUAUCAGGCGGAGUUUGCCAGAUGGGGCUGCUGUUGGCUUUGAUAUUGAGUGGCCACCAUCAUACACUAAAGGAAAAAUGGCAAAAAUAGCUGUAAUCCAGAUAUGUGUAGCUGAGGAAAAAUGCUUUUUGUUUCACGUCUCCUCGAUGUCAGGUUUUCCCAAGGGACUCAAAAGACUGCUCGAAGAUGAAACAAUUAAAAAGGUUGGCGUAGGAAUUGAGGGAGAUCAAUGGAAGCUGAUGAGUGACUUUGAAAUCAAGCUGAAGAGCUUUGUGGAGCUGGCUGACGUUGCUAAUGAGAAACUGAAGUGUAAGGAGAUAUGGAGUCUGAAUGGUCUGGUAAAACACCUUUUUGGGAAGCAGCUUUUGAAGGAUAAGUCUGUCCGCUGUAGUAACUGGGAAGAGUUUCCACUCAACGAGGAGCAGAAAUUGUAUGCAGCCACGGAUGCCUAUGCUGGCUUCAUCAUUUAUCAGAAACUGAAAAACAUGAAUAACAGCGGGAAAUUAUUUGGUUUAAGAAGAGAUGACAUGUUGUCAGAGGAUGUGAAGGAGCGCUUGACUUCCCUGGCUGUAGAGAUAACGGACCUGGCUUCUCGCAUCCCUGACUCUUCUGGACAACUUGAAAACUUGCAGAGGGCUGCAGAAAUACUAGCCAACAUAUCAGAGAAUGUAAAUGCCUUAAGAAGCACGCUGUUUGGUGGUUCAGGUUCCCCUUCUGUACUGGAGAGGAGCUGUGGCGAAGCUCCAACAAAACUUGAAAUGGAGUCAGCGAAUGUUGAAGGACAAAAAGUUGAAAUGCCUGAAUUCAAUAAAAAUCUUGAACGUGACUUCAACAUCUGCUCUGAUGCUACGCUUGCUGGCCUCUGGGAGGGAGAUGUUAAUGAAGAGGCAGAGAGGGAUAAUCCUGCGGUGGAAGAUGGGGCUGCAGCAGCCAGCUCCAAGGACAAAGCAGACAGAGAUGACUUCAUGUCACUAGACAUCACUGAGCAAGAACUUGAGAUCUUGGAACGUCAGGCCGCUGAAGAAUUUCUCAAUGGAGCUGCAGCUGAGGAGGUGAGGUCCACAGACAAUGAACAGAAUAUUUCCUGUGUCAUUGAAAGUGAUGAAGAACUGGAAACGGAGAUGCUUAAAUCUUUAGAAAGCGUAGCUGAUUCUAAAGGAGUUUUGACAGAAGGAGAGUCCAAUAAAGCCAGGAAAACUCCUGACACAGAGUUGAAUCUUGUACUGGAUGGUGAGGAAGAUGAAGACGUUGAGGAAGAAGAGGAAGAACGUUUGGAUCCGUUGCUGCCGGUACCUAGUGAAAGCCACAUUGCAUGUCUGAAGACAUAUUUUGGACACUCUUCUUUUAAACCGGUCCAGUGGAAAGUGAUCAAUUCUGUUUUAGAAGACAGAAGAGAUAAUCUGGUUGUCAUGGCAACUGGAUAUGGGAAAAGCUUGUGCUACCAGUUUCCUCCUGUUUACACUGGACAUACAGGAAUAGUCAUCUGUCCUCUUAUCUCCUUGAUGGAGGACCAGGUUCUGCAGCUGACAAUGUCAGGGAUUCCAGCCUGCUUGCUUGGUUCAGCUCAGUCAAAAAACAUCAAAGAAUGUAUCAAAGUGGGUCAGUACAGAGUCAUAUAUAUGACUCCAGAGUUCUGUUCUGGCAACUUAGAGUUACUCCUGGACCUUGACCAAACUAUUGGUAUUACCCUCAUAGCUGUGGAUGAAGCUCAUUGCAUUUCCGAAUGGGGCCAUGACUUCAGAAAUUCCUUUAGAAGUUUAGGCUCAUUAAAGAAGGCUUUGCCAUUGGUUCCGAUUGUGGCUCUAACAGCAACUGCAAGUCCAUCGAUCAGAGAAGACAUAGUGAGUUGUCUGAACCUGAAGAAUCCCCAGGUCACGUGUACUAGUUUUGACAGACCUAACCUGUACUUAGAAGUUGGACGACAAAGCGGCAAUAUCCUUAGGGAUUUGAAGCAGUUCCUUACCAGGAAAGGAAGCAGUUCUGCGUACGAGUUUGAAGGCCCCACUAUCAUCUACUGCCCUUCAAGAAAGGCCACUGAACAGGUUGUGUCUGAAUUGGCUAAACUCAGUGUGGCCUGUGGUGUGUACCAUGCUGGUAUGGGAAUCAAACAAAGGAGAGAAACCCAUCAUCAGUUCAUGAGGGAUGAAAUUCAGUGUGUUGUGGCUACAGUAGCGUUCGGAAUGGGCAUCAAUAAAGCAGAUAUCCGGACAGUUAUCCACUACGGUGCCCCUAAGGAGAUGGAAUCCUAUUAUCAAGAAAUUGGGAGAGCUGGUCGUGAUGGGCUUCCUGCUUCUUGUCAUGUCUUGUGGACUGCAGCAGACUUGGCCUUGAACAGACAUCUUCUAAGUGAGAUACGCAAUGAAAAGUUCCGGUUGUACAAACUGAAGAUGUUGGCAAAAAUAGAGCAGUACCUUGUGUCAAAUGGCUGCAGGAGGAAACUCAUCCUGUCUCAUUUUGAAGACAAACAACUCCGGAAGGUCUCGUCUGGCAUCAUGGGCACAGAAGAAUGCUGUGAUAAUUGCAGGUCCAGAGCCUCUUCUUUUGCCACCUCCAGUGACUCAGAAUGUGGUUUACAGGACUUUGGGAAGCAAGCGUAUCAGCUGCUGUCUGCAGUGAGUGCCUUGGAAGAGAAGUUUGGAACUAAACUUCCCAUUUUGUUUCUCCGAGGGUCUGGUUCUCAGCGCUUGCCAGACAGAUACAGAAGACACCCUCUCUUCGGUAGCGGAAAGGACUGGCCGGAGAGCUGGUGGAAAUUGCUCAGCCAACAGUUGAUGAUGGAAGGAUUCCUCAAAGAAGUCUCUGGGUAUAGCAAGUUUGCAACCAUAUGUGCACUUACCCAGAAGGGUAGAAAUUGGCUGUUACAAGCUGGAUCUGCCUCAAAUCCAAGUCUUCUGUUACAGUCCAGUGAAGAUCUUAAUCUGGAGAAACGUCCUAGAAGCAGUAGACCUCUGCCUGUGCUCUCAACACAGCGCUCCCCAGACACGAAAAAAAAUAUGCGGUCACCAGUCAAGCAGAUGUCUUUGCGUGAAAUGUUUUCAUAUGAGAGAAAAGUUAAAACUUCUCCAACAAGCAAUAAUAUGCUAACCAGUGUUCCAGAGCACUUGCCAGUGAAAUCUUCUCCUUUGAAGCCCCCAGAACCUGUUUCAUCCCGAGAGAAAGAACUAGAGACUGCUCUGUAUGGCAAGCUGUUGACUGCUAGACAGAAGGUAGCUAAUGAGAAGGUAAUUCCUCCAGCUGUCUUGGCAACCAAUAAGAUCCUGGUGGAGAUGGCCCGAGUAAGGCCUACGACUGUUGAGAACGUGAAGAGAAUUGAUGGUGUGUCUGAAGCAAAAUCCACCAUGCUGGUCCCUCUCCUGGCUGAGGUUAAGGAUUUCUGCCAAGUGAAUGGUUUGCAGACGGACACAUUCCCCACAUCUGGAUCUACAGAUCGGACAGAGGCAUCUCCCUGGAAGUGUACUAGAUCUAAAGAUCAGAAGGAAGCAUCUCCCUGGAAGUGUACUAGAGCCCUCUCUCCCUCAGAGCAUGUCACCUAUGUCCUAUUCCAAGAGAAAAAUCUCUCUGUGAGGACUAUAAGUGAGAGCAGAUCUCUGCCUCUUUCUGAGGUGGGCACUCAUCUGUUCCAAGCGAUGAAAGCUGGCUACCCAGUCAACCUGGAGCGAGCUGGUUUGACUCCCGAAGUUCGACAGAUCAUUUCUGAUGUUAUCCGUAAUCCUCCCAUUGACUCGGAUACCACCAAAAUUCAAGCAAUUAGAAAACUUGUUCCUGCAAAUAUUGAGCUAUACCUCAUCAUGAUGACUAUUGCACUAUUGGAGAGAGAGGAUAAAAAUAAGUCUCGGGAUGGCUCAAGUGUCAGAAGGAUGUUGGUGUGGUCAGGUGGGCAGCAGGAAAAACCAGGAGCAGGUGAAGCAAGCAGGGAAGAGGCCUUGUGCAAUAAAACAAAGGGUAAUCCGAUCAAUCCGACAUUGAAGGAAGGAGCUGAGAAAGCCCAUCCGCAAGUGGUGCCUUCAGCUUCGGCUGUGCAGAGUGCGGAUGAGAAGCAGCCAGGCAGCAGUGGUGUAGCAGGCCACCCAAAGCCCAUCACGCUGGCCUCCUGGAAUCAGCCCACCCUCAGUCCUGAGGAGGAGGAACUGUUUGCUGACUCCCAGCCCAAGACUGUGCAUCCCCCUUGUAAGAGAAAGGUGCCGGAAUGGUUUGGAGCCACAGCAGUACCUGUUCUACCCCUAACACAGACCAAGAAAUCCAAAGCAGACACAAGAAAAGGGAUUUUUAACUGA